AUGACUAUCAAUCUGAAGGCAGCAGAAGAAAAAAAAGCUGAAUAUCAUGUUUCUUAUCCUAAGUAGCAAUAGAAAUAAAAAUUAGUUUUCCUUUAUUUAAUUAUGUUGAAUAAUCAAAAAGAUUCAGCUAUAGAUCAAAAAAAGCUGAUAUCUUUAGAAGCAAGUAUCAAAAAUCAAAAACAUGAAUACAAUUAAUAAAGGAUAAAUGAUAUAAUCUAGAUAAUUUUUUUUCUUAUUUCAGAUUAACCUUGUUUAACAAUAAUGUAAUUAAACUAAAAUAAAGGUUAGGUGUUCUAACUUAUAUAGGCUAAAUACUUUUCAUACUUGGAUUUGGAGAUCAAUAAUGAAAAAAAACCCUCAUAAAUAUCUAGUAAAGCUGCUAAAUUAAAUAUUCAAGGAUGA